ACAACUUCUCCCCCUGAGAGGCUGGACUGGGAGCAGCAGCAGAAGCGGCGCUCAUGCUGAGGCUCUGGGCUGCAGCGAGGAUCCCAGCAGGACUAGAUUUACUGCUAAUCCAGCAUAAGGAGUGUGCAGGGACAAGCUGCUGGACUGUGGAGCUUUACUUUCUGUUUUCAUUUUCUGACAGAGCUGUUGAGAAGUUUGCGUUCCCGGCCUCUCUGAGGAUGUGACGAUGCCAUCUUUGAGGGCUCGCUGAGAGAGAACCUGUUUGAGCUGAACGUUUCAUGGCCAAAUGUAGAGUGAGGGUGGCCGACGAGAAGCAGUGUAACGGGACCAUGUCGGCCACGCAAGGGAUGAACCGCAGCGGGGUCUACAACUACUUCCUCAACAUGGUGGCCUAUCAGAUCUGUUGUUGCUGUGGGCCGGCUCCCUGCUCGCUCUGCUGUGCCUUCUGUCCUCCGGUCAAAUCGUCCACCAGCACGCGGGUCAUGUACACGCUGUUCCACAUCAUGAGCUGUGCCGUGUCCUGCCUCAUGCUGUCCCAAACCGUCUCUGAGCUCGUCAGGGAAAACGUGCCUUUCCUAAACGUGGUGUGUGACCAGGCACACGGCGGGGGACACUGUGAGAUGCUGGUGGGAUACUCAGCCGUCUACAGAGUCUGCUUCGGCACUUCUUGUUUCUACCUGAUGAUGGCGAUCUUCCUCAUCGACGUGAAGUCCAGUCAGGACUUCAGAGCGCUCAUACACAACGGUUUCUGGUUCCUGAAGUUCAUCACGCUGCUGGGGACGUGUACCGCUGCCUUCUUCAUCCCAACAGAGUCCUUCCUGCACGCUUGGCAUUAUGUUGGUGUGGUGGGAGGAUUUGCCUUCAUCCUCAUCCAACUCAUCCUCAUCACGGCUUUCGCUCACACCUGGAACAAGAACUGGUUAACCGGAGCGGCCGAGAACAAGCGCUGGUACCUGGCGGUGACGUGUGCCACCCUCUUCUUCUACACAAUCGCCACCAUGGCCUUCACCUUCAUGUACAAGUACUACACGCACCCCGUCGCCUGCCAGUUCAACAAGGCCCUGCUGUGGAUCAACCUGGGCCUCUGCGGCCUCAUGUCCUUCAUAGCCGUCACGCCGUGCGUGAAGCAGAAGCAGCCUCGCUCAGGACUCCUCCAGGCCUCCAUCAUCAGCUGUUACGUCAUGUACCUGACGUUCUCGGCGCUGUCCAGCCGCCCGCCGGAGAAAAUUGUCUAUCAGGGCAUGAACAUGACCGUCUGCUACCCGAGCGUGGCACAAGACGGCAUCCAGAACGAAGGCAACGCUGUGGCUAUAAUCGGAGCGUUCAUCAUGUACUGCUGCGUCCUCUUUGCAUGUAAUGAAGCGUCCUACCUGGCGGAGGUGUUCGGCCCCUUCUGGAUGAUCAAAGUCUACCGUUACGAGUUCCAGAAAGCAACCUGCUGCUUCUGCUGCCCGGAGGAGGAAGAAGCCGAGGAGGAGUUUGUGACUGACGAGGAGAACAAAGGCUGUCAGCAGGUUAUCCACAACGAGACCCAGAGAGUGGCGUACAGCUACUUCUUCUUCCACUUUGUCUUCUUCUUGGCGUCGCUGUACGUCAUGAUGACCCUCACGAACUGGUUCAGCUACGAGUCCGCCGUGUUGGAGACCACCUUCACUCACGGCAGCUGGUCUACGUUCUGGGUGAAGAUGUCUUCGUGUUGGGCCUGUGUGAUCCUGUACCUGUGGCUGCUCCUGGGUCCUCUGUGCAGCUGUCAGACUGAGUCCAGACCGCGACGCUCACGCAUCAAACGCCGCUCAGCCUCGUCCCGCCACGUCUCCGUCAGCGUCUGAUUCUCUCUGCAGGCGGCCGGCCAGGAAGAAGGCGGGCAGGGCGCGAUGUUGACAAGACGUCAGAGCUCCCCCUGAUACAAGAGGGUGGAUCUCACAGGGGUCAAGGGUCAAGGACUCACAGUGCUGUGAGAUGGACCAAUCAGAGGGCUUAGUGACCUGCCGAUGUAUCCAGACCUGAUGUCACAGGCUGGAAACCAUGAAGACAAACCAGAAACAAGGACCUGGAUGUUUUAUAGAAACACACUUACAGUAUGAAUUGCCAAAGGGAUCAGGAGGAGGGAGCUUUCUCUCUGUCUGAUGUGGGAAUCACAGUAAGUAGGUGUAAAAACGGGAACAUUUAUGAAGUUUAUUCUUUAAUUUUAGUCAUAUUUGAAAUCAAUGUUUAGAUUUUUAUAUCAUAACAGAGGAGGAAUUCUAAAUAUUUGCUUUUAUACUGCAGCACGUU